AUGAAAGCGAACCCACAACCUGCGUUUACCGCGAAUUUUAGGGGGAACCAUCACAAAAAUUGGGAACCGGUUGGUUACACAGUGGAGAAAAGCCUCCACUUUCCUUUCCACUCCCCACCACCGGAUCCAAGAAACAAGAGCUUCCCGUCCAACUUCGCCGAAGUUGCUUGCAAAACGGUUUUCGGUCGGGUAAAGUUUUUGCUCGUUACUAGUAUUAGUACAGUUUGCCCCGUGUUGGCUCCCAAGGAAUCGGAAGCUAUAUACUAUAUCGAGCAAGUGCUUGCUGUAUUCCGUGCAUGGAAGUUCAACUUGAAAUGGCUCCGUGACCAACGACUGGCCAACAAUGAUGAUGGUGAUCAUCAUCAUCAUCAUCAUCAUCACGAUGACGAUGAUGCUAGUAAUUACCACCCCCAAAUGUAG